AUGUAUUCUUUCCUCGGUAUUUCUGUCGCUGUGGUGGCCGCGGCGUUGAACCAUUACUUGUUGGAUGCUCGUCAUUCGUCCACAGCGGCAGUCUUGAUUGGUAGCUUCUUGCUGACUCGAUACUUAUCCUGUCGACACUCGAAACGAUUACUCUUUCCUGGUCCGUCAGGCUGGCCCAUCAUAGGCAAUGCCCUAGAUAUUCCCCAGCAGCAUCCGUGGAUCACGUACUCGAAAUGGUCCGAGACUUUUGGCGAUAUUGUGCAUCUAGAGGCCUUGGGAGAACAUCUUGUCGUUCUGAAUUCCGCCAGAGUUGCCAAGGAUCUCCUCGACAAGCGAUCCUCCAUUUAUUCGGACAGGCCCCAUUUUCUGCCUCUGCAACAUUACGGGGAAGCUUGGCGUAUGCAGCGCAAGAUCGUAGCUCAGUCCUUCAGUCCAUCAUUAGUGCAUCGCUACUAUGGUAUACAAGAGCUCGAGGCGCGCAGGCUUGUGCUGAGCGCCAUCGACGAACCCAGCACAAUUGUCAGCAAGACAAAGCUGCGGGUGGCUGCGAUCAUCAUGCGAGUCACGUAUGGGUACACUGUGAAGGGCAUCGACGACCCCAUGAUCACGUUGCCAUUCUCCGCGAUGGAUAACUUCAGUGUGGCGACUGAACCUGGCAAAUGGCUAGUUGAUUUCAUUCCGCAACUCAGGCACUUGCCGGAAUGGACUCCCGGAGCGACCUUCUUACGCAUGGCCAAGGAAUGGAGAGAGCUAGAGUGGAACGCGUCAUGGAAUCCGUACCUGUGGUGCAAGAAGAAUCUGGAUACUGGCAUCGCACAAACCCCUAGCUUGUGCGCCACCGUACUUUCCGAAGCCGAUGGGAAAAUGAGUGCCGAAGAUGAAGCUACGCUGGUCUGGGCUGCGUCGUCGGGUCUCGGUGGAGGACUAGAUACGAAUAUGUGCACGAUAUUUGUGUUCAUCCUUGCAAUGCUGCAUUAUCCGCAUGUCCAGGAAAGAGCGCAGGCUGAGAUAGACACGGUGGUGGGCCGCGAAAGGUUGCCUUCAAUUAGCGAUAGGGCGGAAUUGCCUUACGUGAGGAGCAUCAUAUCGGAGGUGUACCGAUGGGCUCCAGCCACGCCGCUAGGGCUGCCGCAUGCGUUGAUGCAGGACGAUGUAUACGAUGUAUAUCCUGAGCCGAUGGAAUUCAAGCCCGAGCGUUUUCAGAAGUUGGACUCGGAGAUGCAGAAAGUUAUCGAUUUGUCCUUUGGAUUUGGCAGACGAGCUUGUCCUGGUUCCCACUUCGCGGGAGGCACUAUCUUUGCGGUGGUCUCUACGCUGCUCGCUACAUGCAGUAUCAUGCCUGUGGUAGACACGAACGGCAAGGCCGUCAUAUCGGAACUGUCGUUCACGAGUGGAACCAUCAUCUUUCCGGAGAACGUUGUAUGUGACCUGAAGCCCCGCUCUGCUCACGCGAGAUCCUUGCUGUCUCAGGCUAUCUCUGCUGCCGAGUGA